AUGAAGCUUGCUACCCUUUGCUUCGUCUCUUCCUUUGCGGUCCUCGCGAACGUCGGUGCAGCCGACGGAAGCCUCCGUACCUCCUCUUUGCGCGGCAACAACCAAACACUGGAUGGCGCUGUCACCAAGACUCACCAUGAUGGGCAAGAUGUUGUCAAGAUGGGAACCAUGGUCACCAUUGAUGGAACUUCCAAUGCCCCUGCUGGAUCCCAUUCUUCUGAGAAGCAUGCCCCCAUUCUGAGCAAGUGCAUGACUGAAUCCUAUGGCAACCAGAUGGGGUACACUCUUGAGUCCUUUGAAGUGAACAAGGAGAUUGAUGUCAAGAAGGAUGAAGAAACCAACAACCUUGAGUCCUCUACUGGCGGCUGGGAUGACUGGUACAUUGGCCUUGAGUACUACCUUGGAGGUGCCCAAUUCUAUGGUGGCUGGUGGGGUGAGUUGUCUUCCACUGAAGGCAAUGCUGACCCAGUUGCCCGUUUCCUUGAAGCCCACUUGUCCAGUCCUUCAGCCAAAGCUAUCCACGAAGAGUUUGAAGCCAAUGUUUGCGAUUGCCUUGUCCAGAGCAACACCAAGACCUUUGCCCAUGCCCAUGACUGCAAGAUUGAGUACUUUGUCCACUUCCCUGACAAUGGUCCCAUUGCCAAGUCUGCUGAUGUUCAGCCUGUCAAGAAGGUCAAGGCUGUGAAGCACCAUGAUGGGCAAGAUGUUGUCAAGAUGGGAACCAUGGUUACCAUUGAUGGGACUAACAACGCACCUGCUGGAUCUCAUUCUUCUGAGAAGCACGCCCCCAUUUUGAGCAUGUGCAUGACUGAAUCCUAUGGCAACCAGAUGGGGUACACUCUUGAGUCCUUUGAAGUGAACAAGGAGAUUGAUGUCAAGAAGGAUGAAGCAACCAACAACCUUGAGUCCUCUACUGGUGGCUGGGAUGACUGGUACAUUGGCCUUGAAUACUACCUUGGAGGUGCUCAAUUCUAUGGUGGCUGGUGGGAGCAACACCAAGACUUUGCCCAUGCCCAUGACUGCAAAAUUGAUACUUUGUCCACUUCCCGACAUGGUCCCAUUCUCAAGUCUGUUGAUGUUCAGCCUGUCAAGAAGGUCAAGGCUGUGAAGCACCAUGAUGGGCAAGAUGUUGUCAAGAUGGGAACCAUGGUUACCAUUGAUGGGACUAACAACGCACCUGCUGGAUCUCAUUCUUCUGAGAAGCACGCCCCCAUUUUGAGCAAGUGCAUGACUGAAUCCUAUGGCAACCAGAUGGGGUACACUCUUGAGUCCUUUGAAGUGAACAAGGAGAUUGAUGUCAAGAAGGAUGAAGCAACCAACAACCUUGAGUCCUCUACUGGUGGCUGGGAUGACUGGUACAUUGGCCUUGAGUACUACCUUGGAGGUGCUCAAUUCUAUGGUGGCUGGUGGGGUGAGUUGUCUUCCACUGAAGGCAAUGCUGACCCAGUUGCCCGAUUCCUUGAAGCCCACUUCUCCAGCCCUUCAGCCAAAGCUAUCCACGAACAGUUUGAAGCCGGUGUUUGUGAUUGCCUUGUCCAGAGCAACACCAAGACAUUUGCCCAUGCCCAUGACUGCAAGAUUGAGUACUUUGUCCACUUCCCUGACAAUGGUCCCAUUGCCAAGUCUGCUGAUGUUCAGCCUGCCAAGAAGGUCAAGGCUGUGAAGCACCAUGAUGAGCACGAUGUUGUCAAGAUGGGAACCAUGGUCACCAUUGAUGGAACUUCCAAUGCCCCUGCUGGAUCUCAUUCUUCUGAGAAGCAUGCCCCCAUUCUGAGCAAGUGCAUGACUGAAUCCUAUGGCAACCAGAUGGGGUACACUCUUGAGUCCUUUGAAGUGAACAAGGAGAUUGAUGUCAAGAAGGAUGAAGAAACCAACAACCUUGAGUCCUCUACUGGUGGCUGGGAUGACUGGUACAUUGGCCUUGAAUACUACCUUGGAGGUGCCCAAUUCUAUGGUGGCUGGUGGGGUGAAUUGUCUUCCACUGAAGGCAAUGCUGACCCAGUUGCCCGUUUCCUUGAAGCCCACUUGUCCAGCCCUUCCGCCAAAGCUAUCCAUGAAGAGUUUGAAGCCAAUGUUUGUGAUUGCCUUGUCCAGAGCAACACCAAGACCUUUGCCCAUGCCCAUGACUGCAAGAUUGAGUACUUUGUCCACUUCCCUGACAAUGGUCCCAUUGCCAAGUCUGUUGAUGUUCAGCCUGUCAAGAACGUUAAGGCUGAGAAGCACCAUGAUGGGCAAGAUGUUGUCAAGAUGGGAACCAUGGUCACCAUUGAUGGAACUUCCAAUGCCCCUGCUGGAUCUCAUUCUUCUGAGAAGCAUGCCCCCAUUCUGAGCAAGUGCAUGACUGAAUCCUAUGGCAACCAGAUGGGGUACACUCUUGAGUCCUUUGAAGUGAACAAGGAGAUUGAUGUCAAGAAGGAUGAAGCAACCAACAACCUUGAGUCCUCUACUGGUGGCUGGGAUGACUGGUACAUUGGCCUUGAGUACUACCUUGGAGGUGCCCAAUUCUAUGGUGGCUGGUGGGGUGAGUUGUCUUCCACUAAAGGCAAUGCUGACCCAGUUGCCCGAUUCCUUGAAGCCCACUUCUCCAGCCCUUCAGCCAAAGCUAUUCACGAAGAGUUUGAAGCCAAUGUUUGCGAUUGCCUUGUCCAGAGCAACACCAAGACCUUUGCCCAUGCCCACGACUGCAAGAUUGAGUACUUUGUUCAUUUCCCUGACAAUGGUCCCAUUCUCAAGUCUGUUGAUGUUCAGCCUGUCAAGAAGGUCAAGGCUGAGAAGCACCAUGAUGGGCAAGAUGUUGUCAAGAUGGGAACCAUGGUCACCAUUGAUGGAACUUCCAAUGCCCCUGCUGGAUCCCAUUCUUCUGAGAAGCAUGCCCCCAUUCUGAGCAAGUGCAUGACUGAAUCGCGGACAUCGCCAUUCAACUCAUUUUGA